CGUUCCUCUGCACCGCGUCGAUAGAACCUCCCACUGGUUGGGUGUUGGUUUCGACGCAGUGGAAUGCAGCGUGCUGCUGGUUUUGGAUAUCAAUUGCCAUUGCGGUUCAUUACGGUGGUCUCCUAAUUGACACACGCCCUCACCAUGUCGCGCCCUUUCCCUUACACCUAUAUCUCCUGUCCCUGCGCCAAUACCCCCGUGCCUGAUCCCUCCAAGAAGCGCCGGUCCAGGGAAUCCCCCCAGAAGUCCAAUCCCGACCAACCCAAGCCUCUCGUGCCGAUUGACGACGAGGACGAGGCCUUCGAUCCCCGGUCUCCCCGCGCCAACUUCUCGCUGUAUCCCCCGGAACAGCUGCUCUACUGCGAGGACUGUCACCAGAUCAAAUGCCCGCGAUGCAUCACGGAGGAAAUCGUCUGCUGGUACUGCCCGAACUGCCUGUUCGAGACGCCCAGCAGUAUGGUCCGGAGUGAGGGAAACCGAUGCGCGCGCAACUGCUUCAAUUGCCCGUCAUGCACCGCCCCCCUCUCCGUCAGCACCCUCGAGAACGUCGUGGUCGGCGGCACCAGCCAGCAAGGCCCCUGGGUGCUGUCCUGCGGCUACUGCAUGUGGUCGACCCUGGACAUCGGCAUCAAGUUCGACAAGCCCACCAACAUCCGCACCCAGCUGUCCAAGCUGACCGAGGCGACGCCCGUUCGCUCGCGGCAGAUGUCCCGGACAUUCGGGGAGCUCAAAUCCCCGCUCUCCACCUACUCCUCCAUCGACGAGCAUUUCCCCCCGCCGGGCGAGACCAACACCAAACCAGAGGACUCCCCCGAGCAGCCCACCAUCCCCCUCAACUCCGACGCGCGAUUCAACGCUCUCAAGAACUUCUACAAGACCCAGAUCUCCGCUACAUCCUCCUCCCCCACCGACCCCCUGGGGAUGGACUUCGGAGCCGGGUUCUCCUCGCCCGGCGCCCUGAACCGCAUCAUGUCCCUAUACACCUCUUCCUCGCGCCUCAGCAGCCUCUACGGCGGGGCCAACAAGAAGCCCAAGACCCGACCGCCCGUGAUGCGCGAGGCCCUCACAGCCAGCGAGGGCCUGAAAAUCCCCGCCCCGGACGCCGAGGAGGCGCUGAUCCAGCGCAUCGCGGGCCCGGACUGCGGCUGGGACGGGCUCGCGUCGCUGGAGCAGCGCAGCUUCCAGUCGCCGGACGCGCGGUUCGUGGAAGACCUGCUCCCGCUGCCGGUGCUACUGCGCACGAAGCGGUCCAAACGCUGCAAGUCGUGCAAGCACAUCCUGGUGAAACCGGAGCUGAAGCCGCAGUCCACGCGGUUCCGCAUCCGCCUCAUCGCCCUCAGCUACAUCCCGCUGCCGACGUUACGGCCGCUGAAUCCCGGCCCGCACGCGGCCGCCGUCCUACCGACCCCGGCCGGUUCCACAGCCCCUACCACCAGCACCAGCACGACCCUCACAAACCUGGACGCCCUGUCCCCGCUACGCCCCAUCCAGCUGCUCCUCACCCUGAAGAAUCACAUGUUCGAUCCCGUCCGCGUCACUCUGGCCACGCCGUCCGUCACCCCAGGCCGCGUGGCUUCCAAGGUCACCAUUCUGUGUCCGCAGUUCGACAUCGGCGCCAACAGUGACGUGUGGGACGAGGCCCUGCAGGGCGCCGCAGCGGCAACCCCUGCCCCCGGCACUGCCACUGCCACGGCCACGGCCACCACCACCCCUAGCACAGACCCGCGAGGUUCCCGAUCCGGCGGGCUCGGUGUGUACGAGAAAGUCGCGGAGGCGGGCAAAGUGUGGGACAAGGGGCGGAAUUGGACCACCGUGGUAUUGGAGGUGGUACCGGGAACGUUGCCGGGCGGAGUGAGGCCGUCCAAGACGAAGAAAUAUCCCGUCCAUGAUAAUGAGCCUGACACCACCACCACCAACACUAACAAGAACAAUAACAAUAACAAGAAGAAAGCCCACAAUGCUAGUGAUAGCGAUAACGAUGAUGAUGAAGACGAUAACGACUCCGACAGCAGCGCAGAUCUUCCCGCGCUGGACUGGACCGGCCAGGCAGACGACCCGGGACAGAAGCUCCAGCCGGACGAGGAUGUAUUGGAGAUCCCGGUGUUCGUGCAUAUGGAGUGGGAUUCCGAGAAUCAGAUUGAUAAUGAGCAGGCGGUUGGGAGGUCCAGCGGGGAUACAGUUAAGAGGGAGUUGGCGUAUUGGAUGGUUUUGGGGGUGGGGAGGAUUGUGCAGUAG